AAUUGUCUCUUAUUGAUGCAAUAAAAAGCAUGGAUACUUACUGUAGUCUUAAUGACUCAAUCAUUGGAAUAAUAAAAAAUGCAGACGUCAAUCCAGAGGUAGAAAAAUUGAUACAAUUUCUUGAAAAUUCAAUGCUUUUCAUACCAAUUGGUUAUUUUAAAAAUUGUCACUUACCAAAAGGUGCACAAGAAUUGAAAGAAGAAAUUACAGCAACUGAAGAUGGACUUAGUGAAGAUGACAUAAUUGUUGAUAUUGCAGACUCUGGUUAUGAAAGAGCUAUAAAAGAAUCUAUGUAUUAUAUCAGUUCUGAUGGCACUGUAAAACAAUGGACUACAGAAUGGCAAAAUCCACCACCCGAUGCCUUCCCUGCUCCAUGGCGUGUAUUUUAUACAAAACACAACAAAGAGCUGGUUGCUAAAAUGAAGAGAGGGUUAAGGAAGGUGAUUGAAGAAAGGAGUGGAUUUGUGGAUACAUAUGACAAUGAAACUGAUAUUGAUUUUAUCCCCCCAGAAGAGGACCCAGCUGCCCCCCCACAAUGAUUAAAAUAAUAAUUACAAACAAUAGAUAAUAGUUUGGCUACAUUAGGUAGUAGUACAUGUACAUGCAUAGUGCAUGUACAUGUAUAGAAUAGUUACCCAACCUUAUUUUGUUUGAGAUAUUGUAAUACUGCAA